GGGCUGCAGCUCAGCGCGCUGCCCGACCACUCGCCGCUGCUGCAGCCGAGCCUGGCGGAGCUGCGGCGACGCGCGCGGGCGGAGGGCGUCCCGGAGACGCCGCUGCCGCUCACCGACUCCUUCUUGCUGCGGUUCCUGCGCGCCCGGGACUUCGACCUCGACCUGGCCUGGCGGUUACUAAAAAACUAUUAUAAGUGGAGAGCAGAAUGUCCAGAAAUAAGUGCAGACCUACAUCCUAGAAGUAUUCUUGGCCUUCUGAAAGCUGGCUACGUGGGCGUCCUGAGAGCCAGAGAUCCCACGGGCAGCAAAGUUCUUCUUUAUAGAAUUGUACACUGGGACCCAAAAGUUUUCACAGCUUAUGAUGUGUUUCGUGUAAGUCUGAUCACAUCCGAGCUUAUUGUACAGGAGCUAGAAACGCAGCGGAAUGGUAUCAAGGCCAUCUUUGAUCUAGAAGGCUGGCAGUUUUCUCAUGCUUUUCAAAUUACCCCAUCUGUGGCCAAGAAGAUUGCUGCUGUUCUUACAGAUUCCUUUCCAUUAAAAGUUCGUGGUAUCCAUUUGAUAAAUGAGCCAAUAAUUUUUGAUGCUGUCUUUUCCAUGAUUAAACCAUUCCUGACUGAAAAAAUUAAGGGACGGAUUCAUCUGCAUGGGAACAAUUACAAACAGAGCUUACUUCAGUAUUUCCCGGACAUUCUGCCUCUGGAAUAUGGUGGUGAAGAAUUCUCCAUAGAGGACAUUUGUCAGGAGUGGACAAAUUUUAUAAUGAAGUCUGAAAAUUAUCUCAGCAGUAUUUCACAGACCAUUCAAUGAGAAGAAGUUAUUUAAGGUGAAUGGCUUCCUAAUUAAAAAUACAUGAGUGAGAUCCUGCUUGGUUACAUGAAUGAAAGAAAAAGAAUCUUUUAAACUAAUUAAUGCUUGUCUAAUUGGUCUUUAAAAAUGUAAAAAUCAUCUGACUUGAGCAACACAAGUAUUUGGGAAACUUCUUUCUAUAUGCGUUUUCUUUACCUUUGAAGUAAUUGAAUGUUAGUACAGUUUAAAAGCAUAGAAGAGAUUCCUGAUUUUUGCACUUGAAAGAAAGUUAUCUCUAAAGUAGCUAUUCAUGUGCACCUUUGUAUGUUUCUGAAAAGUUUCAUUUUAAACAAGUUCUCUGAUUACAUUGGUUUAGUAAUAAAUGUAUAAAUAAUCCACUGAAAAGAAAUAUU